AUGCUAUUGCUGGAUCUGCCUAGAGAUAUUCUUCUUGAGAUUCUUGAUCGUCUCUGGGAAGACACCCAGGCCAAUACCGGACAUGAGGAGUUUAUAACCGGAGACUGCAGUAUGAUCAGGGUCGGUGCGACUUGUCGAACUCUUAGGAUUGCCGCAUUACCUUACAUCUACUCUGAUCUUUCGUUAUCCUCAAGUAAAAGGGCCCUCUGCAAGUUCUUAAAUGAGUACAAACAUCUUACAGCAUACGUUCGCAAGCUCACUUUCUCCCACGUCUCCGCGGGUUUGGAUGAGUUCUCUCUCCAUGAUCUCCUUCGGAGUGUCGUCCUUCAUUGCACGGGACUACAGCAACUAAGGAUCGAAUGUUAUUGUGUGACGACUUUUAAUUAUCCUGCACUUAUGAUCCUGGGAUGGUUACCUUCAGAAUCGAGACAGUCACUUGAAUAUCUAGACAUCAGAACCGAUUUAGCGGACCUAUUGCAGUGUUCCCAGAGGGUUGCAAAAUGGUCUGCAAACAAAGAUUUUUGUAAACUACAAGAUCUUAAACUCUAUGGCCAUUUUACACCCGAGGCUCAUGAUGUAAUUCCGAACGAGGUGGGCUCGGAAAUUCUACCGCAGGUGCGGAAGUUGUGGCUCGAAGUUCGAACCAAAGAACCUGAGCGGGUAGGGGUAUACUUCGCAAAAAUGUUGCCAAAUGUUGAGUCUCUCUACUUGGACAUGUCGCGAAAACUGGUCUAUACGGUUUUGAGCACCUAUGUCGACUUGAAAACAAAUAUCACCGUACUUCACAUCAAUGAAUCUGCCACUAGCUUUGCCGACAUCACGCCCCUCGCAAUAGAACCAUACCACCUUUGCGAAUUAAUCCCAAAGUUUUCUCGUAGACUUACCAAAUUCACCAUUUCAGCCGAUAUGAUGCUUGAGCAUUCACCAUUCUGUCAUCGUUUAUUCAAAGACAUCGACGAUUGGCCAUUAUUGGUCGAACUCAAGCUCAGAGCCGCGGUGGGAUGUGUAGGUUUGAAGCCAGAUCUGUUACACUCAGCAAUGACAGAGCUUGCACGUACUCAUCCAGAAGCAACAAUGUUGUUGGAACAGUCAAGCGAUAUCAUCGUUAACUUUAGACCAAAGGGGCCCAAGUAUAUUGCACCGGUGGAGGUAUUCGAAAGACUUUGUACGCAAAGUAUUGAUCAGCCCCACCCUUACUUCUCCGAUGGCGACGAAUUCGAUGAUGAUCACGACUUCGACCUUGAUAUCGAGGAUGCAAUGGAGGAAUACGCUGAGAACGAAAGUUAUGAGGAUGAUUAUGAAGUGGAAGAGUAUGAUGAUUUUUGGGUAGCAUAG